AUGAGCACCAUACCCUCCGCGACAUCCGACGUGCAAUGGGAGAACACGGCCGUUCGUCUAGCUGCGCUAGGCUGCGCGAGCGCCUUUGUCGCGGCUCAUGCGCUGAAGUGUCGCAUCUAUGCGUGGCUAGCUAUCAAUGCGCGUGCACAGGGAAAUAGCGAGGCGUACGAAUCACACAAGGCGAGUUUUAACAGCGCAUGUCAGACUAUGGAUAACUCCGUCAAGACCAAGCAGGAUGAUAUGGAGAAGCUGCUCGGUCAGGUGCGGGAAUCGCGGAAGAGCAAGAUUCUCGGGCCGACGUUUGACAAGAAAGGUCAGCUGUGGCCGUCUGGUUUGUAUACGGUGGGCUGUAACCUGGAAACGCAGCGGAAGAUAGGAAAUUAUCUCAGUUGGUUUGUGGAGGAUAGCGUGACGGGAGAUACGGCACUUGGCCACAACAAAAGUGGUAUCCGCAGACCUUCCUCGGCUUCAAGCUGA